GGGAUUUACAGCGAGUUGACUACAGUUACUCUGAUGCUCUACAUUACACUCAAUUCAAGUCUGACGAUAUUAUUGACACCCAUGGCCGAUUGGGUUUCGCUAGAUGGAGCUCGGGCUGUUAUCACACAAAAAGUUGAAACCCCCAAUUCUCGACAUGGAUGGAUGCAUCUCUACCCCAUAACAGGCCUGCCAGCAACCUUAGCGCGGCCACCUACGACUGGGAAAAACAACAAAGCCCAGAUUGAUACGAUUAUACAGUAGACACGCAACAAUACAAUCCAAGCUCAUCUCAAAAAGUGCGACAUGAUUGUUUCUCCAUUGUAUCAUCAACACGAGGUGAGUCAAACUCAUUAAAGAUGCAGAUUUCUAUACUGCAUCCCUCA